UGGAAGGGUUGACAAGUCCGCUUCACUACUCCAACAUCCUCUCGCCCUGCCUCUUCUAUCGCCUUUUCUUUCGUCACACCCGAUACCCCCCUUGGAGCGCAUCGGCAACAUUUAGCCACCGCAUGCUUUUCUUGUACGUUUCCCUCUCAGGGCGCCGCUCGCUGUGUGGCGUCGCGAGGAAAAGUUUUUGACAGCUUCUCUCUCUCGGACUGACAGCCGACUGGCACACCUCGUUCGGAGAUGCCACGGAGUACACCUCCGUGAAACUGCUGUGACCUUUGUCUCCACCCCGUCACCCGUGUGAAGUGAAGUGUGCGGUGGUGCGGGUUACCUUGUGGUGACCGGAACGUCCCUCCUUGCCAUCCCCAUCCCCUCCCCUCCCGUCCCCCUCCCUUCCCCAACCGCGCAGCCCGGCUUCAGCUCACCUCACGCGGGCAUCAUGAGGACCUGGAGGCGGCGGAGGAACUUUGCCUUUUUGCUCUUCUCUUUCUUUCUUUGUGUGUCCACGGCCACGGAGGAUGGUGACAGCGUGGUUUACAGUACGCGGGGGGGAAGUGGUCCAGGUGAGGCUAAACGGCGAGGGGAAGCCACCGAAGCCGAACGUUACGAGACCACGGUACCUCUGCUGCUGAAGGGCGGGGAGCGUAGUCCUUUCUCCCACCUCGCUGCCACGUGUCACCCUGCGUCACUCCAGCUGCUGGUGCGUGCGGAAGGGGAACAGCUGAUCCUGUUGCUGGAGAAAAAUGAGGGUCUGUUUGCAAGCCAUUACACUGAGACACAUUACCGGGAGGAUGGAAGUUCAGUCACCGGCGCUCACAGCUCCACGAAUAACUGCUACUACCACGGGGAGGUGCAGUCGCAUCCCGACUCUGAUGUCACCUUAAGCACCUGCACGGGCCUCCGAGGCUUCAUCGCGCUCGAAAACAAGACAUUCAUCAUCGAGCCGGUGUCUGGACAUGACAACGGUGCCCACUUCAUCUACCGGGUGGAAGAACUCAAACUGACCCCAGGAGCCUGCGGCCACGGCUUCAACGUGUCAUCGGUCGCCCCUGAAAACCACAUGAAAAGCCCGCUUCAGUCCUUCCACACGAGGCACAAAAGGCAUGCUCAGAAGACGACCAAGUACGUUGAACUGAUCAUCGUUGCAGACAACAGAGAGUUUCAGAAACAAGGGCGGGACGUGGAAAAGGUGAAACAGAGGCUGGCGGAGAUAGCCAAUUACGUGGACAAGUUCUACAGAGCCCUGAACAUCCGGGUGGCUCUGGUGGGUCUGGAGGUGUGGAGCGACUCUGACAAAUGUCCCGUCACCCAGGAUCCCUUCUCCACCCUGCACGAGUUCCUGGAUUGGAGGAAAGUUAAACUGCUGCCCGGGAAGCCGCACGACAACGCGCAACUGAUAAGCGGGGUUUACUUCCAGGGCACCACCAUCGGCAUGGCGCCCAUCAUGAGCAUGUGCACGGCUGAGCAGUCUGGCGGAAUUGUCAUGGAUCACUCCGAGAACCCACUGGGGGCGGCGGUGACUUUGGCCCACGAGCUCGGACACAAUUUCGGGAUGAACCACGACACCCCGGAGCGCGGCUGCGGCUGCAGGAUGACCGCCGACCGCGGCGGCUGCAUCAUGACCCCGUCCACGGGGUACCCGUUCCCUACAGUCUUCAGUACAUGCAGCAAGAAGGACCUCGCUGCCAGUCUGGAGAAGGGCGUGGGCAUGUGCCUGGACAACAUGCCCGAGGUCAAGGUGCUCUACGGCGGCCAGAAGUGCGGCAACGGCUAUGUGGAGGAGGGGGAAGAGUGUGACUGCGGGGAGCCCGAGGAGUGCAUGAACCCAUGCUGCAAUGCCACCACGUGCAGCCUCAAGGGAGACGCCGUGUGUGCACACGGGCAGUGCUGUGAAGAAUGCCGGCUGAAACCGGCCGGCACCUUAUGUCGAGAGUCCAGUAACUCCUGCGACCUGCCGGAGUUCUGCACUGGUGCCAACCCUUACUGCCCAGCCAACGUUUACCUGCACGACGGGCACGCCUGCCACAGCGUCGAGGGCUACUGCUACAACGGCAUCUGCCAGACUCACGAGCAGCAAUGCAUCACCCUGUGGGGACCAGGAGCCAAGCCUGCCCCGGGGAUAUGCUUCGAGAGAGUCAACUCUGCAGGAGAUCCUUACGGGAAUUGCGGGAAGGACCCCAAGGGCUCUUUUGCCAAAUGCGAUGCACGGGACGCAAAGUGUGGUAAAAUUCAGUGCCAGGGAGGAGCCACUCGGCCAGUGAUCGGAACAAACGCCGUUUCCAUCGAAACCAACAUCCCACUUCAGGAAGGAGGGCGCAUUCUGUGCCGGGGAACGCACGUUUAUCUGGGCGACGACAUGCCCGACCCCGGGCUGGUUCUGGCCGGAACAAAGUGUGGAGACGGCGUGGUGUGCCUGAACCGCCAGUGCCAGAACGUCAGUGUCUUCGGUGUGCACGAGUGCUCUGGAAAGUGCAACGGACGCGGGGUGUGCAACAACAAGAAGAACUGCCACUGUGAGGCCCACAGGGCCCCGCCCUUCUGCGAGGAAGCGGGCUUCGGCGGCAGCAUUGACAGCGGGCCAAUGAGACUGGCGGCCGACAGUGUGGUCAUUACUGUGGCCAUCCUGGUCACCCUGGUCAGCCUUCUGGUGACCUUCGUCGUCAUCUUCCUGAGGAGGAAGACUCUGCUGCGCCUCCUCUUCACCAAUAAGAAGAGCACCUUGGAGAAGUUCAGAUCUGUGGAGGCCAACAGUCCAACCAGCCCCAUCAGGACUCAGUCCAUCUACAGGCCGACGCCACAGCGCAAGCCGCCACCCAAACCCUCCGGAGGCAACAUUUAUAAGCCGUCGUUCAUGAGUGCCGAGCCCCUUCUGCCCCCGCACAACUUCCACUCCCACAGCCUGCGCCGGCUGCCCUUCUACCAGCCGCUGCACAUCAGCCAGCCCAUGCCGGUGUCCCUGAGUGUGGGCCAGCCCGCUCUGCCUCCCGUCCCGGCCCCGCACAGGGUGCUGCCGGCCCGCACGCCCCUCUCGCCGCCGCGGGUGACCCCCUUUCUCAGUCUGCCCCGCCAGCAGCCGUCCUACAGGCUGGACCAGGACUUGGAGAAACCCAGUCCGCCUCAGAAACCGCUCCCCGCGGACCCGCUGGGGAGGAGCUCUCGGCGGGGCCACAGUCUCACGGCGGGGAGGGUCCACAUCCCGGGAGCCGGACCCCUCCCCGUGCCCACCCCCACCGUGCCCAGGCCUCCUCCCACCAUCCCUUUACCCAACAGACCCGUGCCGAUGUUGCCCUACAGGCCGCCCAAGGCUCCAAAGGACUGCUGAGCGAGCAGAUUCUCACGCCAACAGACGGAGACUCUGUUCAUUUGCACUAACUUCACCGGGCCUCUGCAAAGGCCUCUUGGACAGUCGGGAGUGUGGCAGAGUUUGUGGUGGAAGGUGGCUGACACCACACCGCGGUGCUACGUUUCUAGAAGGUGCUUUGUUGUCCUCACUCAGGUACCAAUGAACUAUUUAUCUAUUUAUUAUUUUACCGCGAUUUUGUGCACAGGACACUCAUUGAGAGGGACAAGUCAAGAAAAAAAAGAAAAACAAAUAUUUCUUUUGCAUUCUUUGUCGGUUUUUUAUACUUUUCCUCCAAUGAAAUGCCGAAAUAUAUGAUGUUUUUAUAACCAGUUGUGUUGCUUGGAUAUUUGAAGAGCCGGCUUGUUUGUUGGGGCCAACGUGAAGACAAAGGAAAAUGGAGCACAACUCGUCACGUUAUCGGUGUAGCUUGUGGGUGAUUUUUUUAAAAUAUUUUUAUGAUGAAUUCAAUACCAAAUACACCAUUUCUAUAUUAAUGUUGACACGGUGCUUUAAAAAAAAGGUUGAUUAUAAUCUGAAUUGUUUUUUUAAAUCACAUACAGUGAACUGUACUACGUUUUUAUCGUGGAAUCGAUUUGAUCAGCUCAUUUUACUGCGUGUUACCUUGUGAAUUCAGCUUUGGCGCUAAAGUACUUCAUAGGAGGAGCGAUUUUCGCCCCUUUUUCAGACCGGCUUGUGACACACAGCUCGGGACGCACAACGGACUCCGCAUCGUGGCAGACAAUCUCCACAGAAUGGACAGGCUGAUUGUGUUCCAGAAGAAUGACAUCAACAGCAAAUAGCUCAACGUUAACUCUGGUGUUUGUGUGUUUAACGCUCUCGCUCGCCGUGUCCUUCGGGGGGGGUUUCGAGGCCGAGCAGGAUGACUUCAGCACUGUGAGCUUUCCAAACCGUCUCCAGCAACGUGUUCAACACCAUUUGUUUGCUUUUAGAACGUUCCAUUUUGAUUUUGUAUGGAUUUUGAUAUUCUUGAACUCUUGAGAUCAUUCCUGCCUUCAGAGCAUGGCAUUUGCUCCUCGAGUUAGGACACGUCCUAAAAUGUGAUUUGUUGUUGAUUUGCUGUUGUAAAAAGCGCUGUGUGUGUUUUUUUUUUUCAUGUUCACUUUGGAUGACGCUUUUUGUAGUUGGAAGUAUUUUCAAAUGCAGCGCGUACCUUGUCGGCGUGGCCGGAGGCUGCAGAGUCGGCGAGGCACUGCGUACCUGCGUUGCUCACAGUGUACAGACGCGAUGCUUCUCUUGUUUCGGAGGUGUUCAGAGUAACUGCCCCCCCGCUGGAAAAUGUUUGUGUGCUGUUUGUAGCCCUUAAAUGUUUAUUCCAUUUGUAAAAAAAAAUAUCUUAAAUGUGCUGUGUUUAAUUACAUCCGUGUACCCUGUUUAAACCAUUGUAAAGAGUCAAUAUUGUAUGUUAUCAUUAGAUUUUUUCUUCUUUUUUUUCAAAGCACAGUAAUAUAAGAAUUGCUUUGAGGUUGUGCCCCAUUUACACCGGGUGAUGAAAACAUGACUUUGAAGAAUCCAAGCCAGGGACGAAUGUUUUGGGUUAACAUUUUAAACGAGAGAUUUUAUUGAUGAGAGCCAAAUAAAAAUCCCUUUACAGCUGUUUAUAACAAGUUUUAAUUGCAUUUUCACUUUGAUAUUCAAAAAACUUCAAAAAGAAAAUGGCUUGAGAUGAACUUUUCAAAACCACAAGUCGAUGUUAAAGAGGCAAACAGCAGUUCAUAAGAAAAAUAUUUCCACCAUUCGAUGUGCCCAAAUAAUUGACCUUUUUUGUUGUUGUUUUUCUGGGUGUGCCUAAACAUAAAAAACAUAGAACCCUUUGACCCUCCUCUCCUCUCAGCAGCAAGCAAUAAACACCUCGGGGGUGUGUGUCAUUUUCCCCUGUGAAAGUCUUACUUCAUUCUUUAUAUGAAGGCCCGCUCUGCUGCCGGACUUCAGGUGGAACAGAACCGACCAUCAUGGUUUGUUCAC